AAUAAUUUGACAGAUCACGCGCCAACUUUCAUUCGAGUUUUGACAGCGUGAACGGUAGCAAUCGAUUUUUUAACUCCAUCAUCUUAUCGCCAAAUGUUUGACAUGGACAAGUACGUCCUACUUGAUUUCGUGGAUGAGGAGACAGUUGACGUUGCCGAAACGGCGUGGCUGGAAAUCGAUGAAGACGAAUUUGAAGACAUGGAUGCGUUGAUUGGAAAGACCGUUGUGUGCAACUGGCAGGAAAAGAAAAGGGGCCAACCAACGCAAAUGACACGGUGCUCAGCACGAGUUCUAUGCUUUGGGGAUGAUAGGAAAAGACUUGUCAAUAAACGAGAGCAGUACAUAUCAACUGGCACGCUGAACCGCACAUUAGAGACGGGGAAAGGGAGCCGGGUCAGGAAGCCCAACCCGAGGUUUGUCGACUCGGAUGAUACUGAUGCUGAGGAUGAGGAGGAAGUAGCAGAAGAGACUGAGAAAAACAAGAAAAGGUCUGUGACCAAGUCGGCGAACCAGCUCCGAGAAAUCUUGCAAUCGAAGUCACAGGACACUGCACUCCUUGCAGAGAAUCUGCAGUUAAAGGAAAAGAUAAAGACAUUAGAGAAACUUGCAGAGCGCCUAACGCAAACAAUAUCGUGCAUGGACCAUCUGCCGAAGCUUCUUGAAAGGAUGAAGCAGGCCCCUCAAGCACAGGCCCCUCAAGCACAGGUGUCUAUCGAACAGCAGAAUGACGGAUCCUCCACUGACGAA